AUGAGUACUGACGCGGAGAUGGCCAUUUAUGGCAAAGCUGCCAUUUACCUUCGUAAGCCAGAGAAGGAGAGAAUUGAGGCUCAAAACAAACCCUUUGAUGCCAAGACUGCCUGCUAUGUGGUUGAUACCAAGGAGCUGUACCUGAAGGGAACAAUCAUGAAGAAGGAUGGUGGCAAAGUCACUGUCAAAGUCCUGGGAACUGAGGAUGUGGGUAUCUUAACACCAGAGUCAUAUUCUCCUUAAAGUGAUCUGUUCUCAUUCUGAAAACCUUCCUGUUACAGGAGAGGACAGUCAAAGAAGAUGACGUCUCUCCAAUGAAUCCUCCCAAGUUCGACAAAAUUGAGGACAUGGCCAUGAUGACCCAUCUCAAUGAAGCCUCUGUGCUUUAUAACCUCAAAGAGCGUUAUGCAGCAUGGAUGAUCUACGUAAGGAAAUAAGGCUGAUAACUAAUGAAAAUGUUUUCACUUAUAUAUUCAUGUGUGAAGUACUGAGACAACCAUAUUUCUUCCCACUUUCAGACCUACUCUGGCUUGUUCUGUGCCACCGUGAAUCCCUACAAGUGGCUCCCAGUGUACGAUUCUGAAGUUGUAUCUGCCUACAGAGGCAAGAAGCGUAUGGAGGCUCCACCCCACAUCUUCUCUGUCUCUGACAACGCUUAUCAGAACAUGCUUACUGGUAAGAAACAACAGCAAAAAAUGACUCAAUCUAUUAAUUGAAGUUUCUACCGGAAGGAAAAUAAUGUAUUAUUUUACCUGUCAACAGAUAGGGAGAACCAGUCUGUCUUGAUCACGUAAGUUUAAUUUUUUUUUUCUUGUUUUAUGUAUAAAUACUUGAUGAAAUAUUGACAAAAUGCUAACAAGGGAUUUUCUAUGCCUAGUGGAGAAUCUGGUGCUGGAAAGACUGUGAACACCAAGCGUGUCAUCCAGUACUUUGCAACAAUCUCAGUUGGUGGAGACCAGAAGAAGAAGGAACCAUCAAAGAUGGGAGUAUGUACAAAUUUAAUGGUUACAGCUCUGUGUUAUUUAAUAUCUUUAAAAUUAAAUAUAGAAAAAGCUCAUUUUCUGAUAUCACUUGGAAAUCUCCAUUUCAGGGUUCACUUGAGGACCAGAUUAUUGCAGCCAAUCCUCUGCUGGAGGCCUAUGGUAAUGCCAAAACUGUGAGAAAUGACAACUCCUCUCGUUUUGUAAGUAUAGAGGGAACUUUUGCAUAUCAAAAUGGUCUUGUCAAACAUUGCCUAUGUUCAUGAAUGUUUAAUGAAACUUUCUCCUGGACAGGGUAAAUUCAUCAGAAUUCAUUUCGGCACAAGUGGCAAACUGUCUAGUGCUGAUAUUGAGACAUGUAAGUGUGAAAAUUCUCUUAUACAUUCUUGUAACAAGAAUCACAAUUUGGCCAGGAUUUGACUCAUGAACAAUGUUUGUAGAUCUGCUGGAGAAGUCUAGAGUGACAUUCCAGCUUUCUGAUGAAAGAGGCUACCACAUCUUCUACCAGAUGAUGACCAACCACAAACCUGAGCUGAUUGGUAUACACAUUUUUUUUCUCAAUGUUACUCCUGAGUCUCAUACAAAACAAAAUUGACCUCAUCCUUCUUUUUUUUUUUUUUUCCAGAAAUGGCCCUCAUCACAACCAACCCCUACGACUUCCCCAUGUGCAGCAUGGGUCAGAUCACUGUGGCCAGUAUUGAUGACAAAGUUGAGCUGGAAGCCACUGAUGUGAGUGACCUGUGAUCUUCACUACAAAAUAGUUACAUUUUAUAAAUGACAACACCAAAGGUACUCUGCAUUAAAAUUACUUACAUUCAUUUGGACACUUGUAUCAAAUACAGAAUGCUAUUGAUAUCCUGGGCUUCACUAAUGAGGAGAAGAUGAGCAUCUACAAGAUGACUGGUGCUGUGCUUCACCAUGGUAACAUGAAGUUCAAGCAGAAGCAGCGUGAGGAGCAGGCUGAGCCUGAUGGCACAGAGGGUGAGUUCUGCUGUUCACUUUAAGUUAGAGGUUUUUAUUCUGGCUAGUCUUCUAGACAAUGGAAACCACAUGCCGUAUCACUGAAAGUCAUUUGAUUAUUGUCAGAUGCCGACAAGGUUGCCUACUUGCUGGGUCUGAACUCUGCUGAUAUGCUGAAGGCUCUGUGCUACCCCAGAGUGAAGGUCGGAAAUGAGUUUGUCACCAAGGGACAGACUGUACCUCAGGUAAUCAUGGAUCUCUGAUAUCUAGUAAACUAUGCACCCAGGAAUGAAGUUAUCAAGGUCUUGCUUAAGUAGUAUUUUAAAUCAUGUUUUGUUUUCUGAGUUUUUUUUUUUGUUUGUUUGUUUGUUUGUAUUCACCCCAUGAACAGAUACUAGGUAAAACUGGUAUUUUAAAUGAAAUGUUUACCUGGCUUGAAUAACAUGAUACCUUUGUUUUAUUUAGGUGCUGAACUCAGUGACUGCCCUGGCCAAGUCUAUCUAUGAGAGGAUGUUCUUGUGGAUGGUCAUCCGCAUCAACCAGAUGUUGGACACUAAACAGCCAAGACAGUUCUUCAUUGGUGUGCUGGAUAUUGCUGGCUUUGAAAUCUUUGAUGUAAGAUUCAUACCAAACAAUUCAGGAUCUAAUUCACUUUUCUUAAGGGUAUCAGUCCUUUUUUCUUUCACCCCAAAAAAACAUCAAUCAUCUAUUUUUCUUCCUUUACAGUUCAACAGCAUGGAGCAGCUGUGCAUCAACUUCACCAAUGAGAAGCUGCAACAGUUCUUCAACCAUCACAUGUUCGUCCUGGAGCAAGAGGAGUACAAGAAGGAGGGUAUUAUCUGGGAGUUCAUUGACUUCGGUAUGGACUUGGCUGCCUGUAUUGAGCUGAUUGAGAAGGUAAUGAUUACAUUCAGUGACUAUGUAAUUCUGUCGGUUUCACUCACUGUACAUGCAAAAUAUUUACUUUUGUCAUCUUUUUCAAGCCCAUGGGCAUCUUCUCCAUCCUUGAAGAGGAGUGCAUGUUCCCCAAGGCUACAGACACAUCCUUCAAGAACAAGCUGUAUGACCAGCAUCUUGGCAAGAACAGAGCAUUUGAGAAGCCCAAGCCCGCCAAGGGCAAGGCUGAGGCCCACUUCUCCCUGGUUCACUAUGCUGGUACUGUGGACUACAAUAUCGCUGGCUGGCUGGACAAGAACAAGGAUCCACUGAAUGAAUCCGUCCUUCAGCUGUACCAGAAGUCAUCCGUUAAGCUGCUGUCUCAUCUCUAUCCUCCUGUUGUUGAGGGUAAGAUGUAAUUAAGUGUUAGGUGCAUUUCUGACUAGCUGUGGUAUACUUUAAUGGAAUUUGUGAGACUACAUUUAACUUUGUGUCUUUAAUUUAUGAACAGAGACUGGUGGCGGCAAGAAGGGAGGCAAGAAGAAGGGUGGUUCUAUGCAGACUGUGUCUUCACAGUUUAGGGUAAGGAUUCACAUUUCAAACUUGUAUCAUGGAUCAAAUCUCAUAAUUGAACUAUGACAAGAUAUAACAUCUUGGAUCCACAGGAGAACUUGGGCAAGCUGAUGACCAACUUGAGGAGCACCCAUCCUCACUUUGUGCGUUGUCUGAUUCCCAACGAGUCAAAGACUCCAGGUAUAUACACAAAAAAAAAAAAAUGCCAGUAACUUUUCUGACAUACAGUUUUGUUGUUUCAUGUUGGAAAAUUUUGAAUUAUAACAGAAAGUCUGACUUCAUUUUAAAGGUCUGAUGGAGAACUUCCUGGUCAUCCACCAGCUCAGGUGUAAUGGUGUGCUGGAGGGUAUCAGAAUCUGCAGAAAAGGUUUCCCCAGCAGAAUCCUCUAUGGUGACUUCAAGCAGAGGUAUCAAUGGAUUAAAUAGAGAUUUGGUUCAGGGGGGCUUUAAGGCAAUACUGACACUGACAAUGGGCUCUCUCAUUAUAGAUACAAGGUGCUGAAUGCCAGUGUCAUCCCUGAGGGCCAGUUCAUUGAUAACAAGAAGGCUUCAGAGAAGCUGCUUGGAUCAAUUGAUGUUGAUCAUGACCAGUACAGAUUUGGACACACCAAGGUAUUGUACUUAAUUUGUUUUUAAGAACCUAAUUAUAGGUUAGGAGAACAGCAAUUUGUCUAUCCCAAAUUCUAAACUAAUACACCCAUCUCCAAGUCUGAAUAAACUAUGAUGGUCAUUGGCCAAGGUGGCCAAGGGAUAAGUGAAGGACAGAGAGAUGAAUGAAAGGAAACAGCACACCCAUGUGGCCACUUGUACGGCUUGCACUUUGCAUUGUACCUGAUACUCUCAGGCAUGAGAGUGAAAUUUUCUCUGCAGUCCUUUGCUGCUUUGUACAUUUCUUUUGUUUUCAGUUUUUGGGGUAAUAUGCUCAAACUUAUUGUCCUUUAUAAUUUUAGUAGAAAAAGUAAAUGAAUUACUUGUAAGCCACAAUCAAUUGAAAAACAUCUGCAUUUUCCAGAACUAAUGCUCCAAAAAUGAAAAACAUGUACUGUGAUGAAUGACCUAUGUUUCUGUUCUACAUUCUCCUUAGGAAAUUAAAAUAUGUCAGCAUGGUUCUAAGAGAAAUUUGUUAAAAUAUGAGAAAUUUGUGCUAAAACUGGUUCACACAUUUCUGGUGCCAAAGUGGUAUUUUUGGUUAUUUUAGUGAAGUGUAUGAUGCAGUCUCUAUUUCCUAUUUGAUUAGGUGUUCUUCAAGGCCGGUCUCCUGGGUACUCUUGAGGAGAUGAGAGAUGAAAAACUGGCAUCUCUGGUGACCAUGACUCAGGCCAUGUGCCGUGGAUACCUGAUGAGAAGGGAGUUUGUGCAGAUGAUGGAGAGGAGGUGGGUGAAGAGUUUCUUGAUUUAUGUACAUGGUAUUGUAAUUUUAUUGAACUCGACAUCUACAACAGACGUUUUUGUCCCCCAGGGAUGCCAUCUAUACCAUCCAGUACAAUGUCCGCUCAUUCAUGAAUGUCAAACACUGGCCAUGGAUGAAGGUCUACUACAAGAUCAAGCCUCUGCUGAAGAGUGCUGAAACUGAGAAGGAGCUGGCCCAGAUGAAGGAGAACUAUGAGAAGAUGCAGACAGACCUGGCUGCUGCCCUGGCAAAGAAGAAGGAGCUGGAGGAGAAGAUGGUGUCCCUCCUGCAGGAGAAGAACGAUCUGCAGCUGCAAGUCGCAUCUGUAAGUCUGCAAUUAUGUUAUGUUUGAUUCUGUCAAAAUAAUGUGGAUCUGCUAAUCAAUGCUUCACAUUACAAACUAGGAAUCAGAGAAUCUGUCAGAUGCUGAGGAGAGGUGUGAGGGUCUUAUCAAGAGUAAGAUUCAGCUGGAGGCCAAGCUCAAAGAGACAACUGAAAGACUGGAGGAUGAGGAGGAAAUCAAUGCUGAGCUCACUGCCAAAAAGAGGAAGUUGGAGGAUGAAUGCUCUGAACUCAAGAAGGACAUUGAUGACCUGGAGCUUACCUUGGCCAAAGUGGAGAAGGAGAAACAUGCCACUGAGAACAAGGUUUGGGGAAAAAAACAAGUAUCUCACAUGUCAAAUAAAAUCAGGACAUUGCCACAUAGUACUAAAAAUAUUUUACUCACAAAUUUAGGUGAAGAACCUGACUGAAGAGAUGGCCUCUCAGGAUGAGAGCAUUGCCAAGUUGACCAAGGAAAAGAAAGCCCUUCAGGAGGCUCAUCAGCAGACCCUUGAUGAUCUGCAGGCUGAGGAAGACAAGGUCAACACUCUGACCAAGGCCAAGACUAAGCUUGAGCAGCAAGUGGACGAUGUAAGUUUUUUAUAUGUCACUAUGCUAAACAAUUAAUAUGGAAGAAGAACCUGGUCUUUAAGAACAUAUAUUACCGUUUAGCUUGAAGGUUCUCUGGAGCAAGAGAAGAAGCUGCGCAUGGACCUUGAGAGAGCCAAGAGAAAGCUUGAGGGUGAUCUCAAACUGGCUCAAGAAUCCAUCAUGGACCUUGAGAAUGACAAGCAGCAAUCUGAGGAGAAAAUGAAGAAGUAAUGUUCUUGACAUUAAAUCAAAAGAAUACAACUAGAUCAUCAACAACAGCAAAAACUCCAACUAUGAAUUUUUCUGUUAUCCCCACAGGAAGGACUUUGAGAUCAGCCAGCUCCUCAGCAAGAUUGAGGAUGAGCAGUCAAUGGGUGCUCAGCUUCAGAAGAAGAUCAAGGAGCUCCAGGUGACAUACUCACUCACUUAAAAUAUACAUACAAAUGCUCAGUUCUUGGGUACAAAUUUACUGAAAGACAAUAUGCUUUCAUUACACAGGCCCGCAUUGAGGAACUGGAAGAGGAGAUUGAAGCAGAGCGCGCAGCUCGUGCCAAGGUUGAGAAGCAGAGGGCUGAUCUCUCCAGGGAACUUGAGGAGAUCAGUGAGAGGCUGGAGGAAGCUGGUGGUGCCACCGCUGCUCAGAUUGAGAUGAACAAGAAGCGCGAAGCUGAGUUCCAGAAGCUCCGUCGUGAUCUUGAGGAGUCCACUCUGCAGCAUGAAGCCACUGCUGCCGCUCUUCGUAAGAAACAGGCUGACAGCGUUGCUGAGCUGGGAGAACAGAUCGACAAUCUCCAGCGUGUCAAGCAGAAGCUUGAGAAGGAAAAGAGUGAAUACAAGAUGGAAAUUGAUGACCUCUCCAGCAACAUGGAGGCUGUUGCCAAAGCAAAGGUACAAAAGACAAUGGAUGUUAAAAUUAGUGCAUUGAACAAGGUCAUUUAUGUUACAUCUGAUCAUUGAUUUGACUUGUCUUUGUCUCUUCAGGGAAAUCUUGAAAAGAUGUGCCGUACCCUUGAGGACCAACUCAGUGAAAUUAAGACCAAGAAUGACGAAAAUGUCCGUCAAAUCAAUGACCUUGGUGCACAGAAAGCACGUCUCCUGACAGAAAAUGGUAGCUACAAGUUACAACUGGAUAAUUUGAGUAUUUCAUAUUGUUGAAAUAUAACACAAACUAAUGUUUCACUGCACCUCUCUAACAAGGUGAGUUUGGCCGCCAAAUUGAGGAGAAGGAGGCUCUUGUCUCCCAGCUGACCAGAGGCAAACAGGCUUUCACUCAGCAGAUUGAGGAGCUGAAGAGACAGACUGAAGAGGAGGUUAAGGUAAGAAAACUUAUAUCAAGUGGAUUUAUAUUUUUGUAUGUCAGCUUCUGAAACAGGUAUUAAAAAGUAUUUGAUAUCUGACAUCAGGCCAAGAAUGCUCUUGCCCAUGGACUGCAAUCAGCCCGUCAUGACUGUGAUCUGCUGAGGGAGCAGUUUGAGGAGGAGCAGGAGGCUAAGGCUGAGCUGCAGCGUGGAAUGUCCAAGGCUAACAGCGAAGUGGCUCAGUGGAGAACCAAGUAUGAAACUGAUGCCAUCCAGCGCACAGAGGAACUGGAAGAAUCCAAGUGAGUCUAUAUCAAGCAAAUUACUAUACAUCUAAAUAACUGUUAUGAAAGUUACUACCAGUCAGUAGAGAUAUUGACCGUCACCAACUUCAUCCUCUCAACACAGGAAAAAGCUUGCCCAGCGCCUUCAGGAGGCUGAGGAGCAGAUUGAGGCUGUCAAUUCCAAGUGUGCCUCUCUGGAGAAAACCAAACAGAGACUCCAGAGUGAGGUGGAGGACCUCAUGAUUGAUGUGGAGAGAGCUAAUGGCCUGGCUGCCAACCUGGACAAGAAGCAGAGGAACUUUGACAAGGUAGUAUUUGCUUUUGUAACCUUCAUUUAAAUCAAAUGGGUAGUCAUUCCCAUUGAUUCAACCAAUUGCUAAGAUAACUUGUUGCACUUCAGGUGUUGGCAGAGUGGAAACAGAAGUAUGAGGAGGGUCAGGCAGAGCUUGAGGGAGCUCAAAAGGAGGCUCGUUCUCUCAGCACUGAGCUGUUCAAGAUGAAGAACUCAUAUGAAGAGGCUCUGGAUCAGCUGGAGACCAUGAAGCGUGAAAACAAGAACCUGCAGCGUAAGUUAUCACUUUGUACUCCAGACAUUCUGUUGAUAAAGUGUGUUCCUUUUGUAUUCAAUGCUCACUUUGUAUUUUGAGGCUUAACAACACGAAACAUUCAAAUACCUCCACAGAGGAGAUCUCAGAUCUGACUGAACAGAUCGGUGAGACUGGCAAGAGCAUCCAUGAGCUGGAGAAGGCCAAGAAGCAGGUGGAGACUGAGAAGUCUGAGAUUCAGACUGCUCUUGAAGAGGCUGAGGUAUGUGUUGGUUCAGGAGAAAUCUUCUCAGAGGAAUCUAAAACCAAUCCAGUGUAGAAUGAUAUGUUAUGAGAGGCAUGAGUGUUGAGAUUAAAGACUUACUUUCCGUUGUCAUUAGGGAACCCUGGAACAUGAAGAGUCCAAGAUCCUCCGCGUCCAGCUGGAGCUCAACCAGAUCAAGGGUGAGGUGGACAGGAAGCUGGCAGAAAAAGAUGAGGAAACAGAGCAGAUCAAGAGGAACAGCCAGAGGGUGAUUGACUCCAUGCAGAGCACUUUGGACUCUGAGGUCAGGAGCAGGAAUGAUGCCCUGAGAAUCAAGAAGAAGAUGGAGGGAGACCUGAAUGAGAUGGAGAUUCAGCUGAGCCAUGCCAAUCGCCAGGCAUCUGAGUCCCAGAAGCAGCUGAGGAACGUGCAGGCACAGCUGAAGGUACUGCUGCACAUAUAGACUGUGCAGAGAUUAUGGUCAUCAUACUUUUGUGUGGCAAGCCAUCUUCAUAUUUUCUUUACAUUUCUCACUAGGAUGCCCAACUGCACCUUGAUGACGCUGUCAGAGCCCAGGAUGACCUCAAGGAACAAGCUGCUAUGGUGGAGCGCAGGAAUGGCCUCAUGGUUGCUGAAAUUGAGGAACUCAGAGCUGCUCUGGAACAGACAGAGAGAAGCCGCAAAGUGGCUGAGCAGGAGCUGGUGGACGCAAGUGAGCGUGUUGGACUUCUGCACUCACAGGUACUUUCCUUUGAGUUUCACUACUUAAACGUUUAUCAUUAUUUCACGGGGAACAGUAACGGUACAUUAUUCCUUCUUUUUCUUUCAGAACACAAGCCUUCUGAACACCAAGAAGAAGCUUGAGACUGACCUGGUCCAGAUUCAGAGUGAAGUGGAUGACACUGUUCAGGAAGCAAGGAAUGCUGAGGAGAAGGCCAAGAAGGCCAUCACUGAUGUAGGUGUACUUGAAGUGUGGGACAUAGUGACUGAUCAGUGGGUGUUUUUACAAUAUUUCUUAUCAGUGAUAAAUUUUGUUUCCUCUAGGCUGCUAUGAUGGCUGAGGAGCUGAAGAAAGAGCAGGAUACUAGUGCUCACCUGGAGAGAAUGAAGAAGAACCUUGAGGUUGCUGUCAAGGACCUGCAGCACCGCCUGGAUGAGGCUGAGAACCUGGCCAUGAAGGGUGGCAAGAAGCAGCUCCAGAAACUUGAGUCUAGGGUAUGAAAGUUGUGUUUACAGUUUAGAAAAUUGAGUGUAGAUUUUUGAGAUAGUUAUAUUGAUAUAUUCAAUGUUUUUCUGUUGUGUGAAGGUGCGUGAGCUGGAGGGUGAAGUUGAUGCUGAGCAGAGACGUGGAGCUGAUGCUGUUAAGGGUGUCCGCAAAUAUGAGAGGAGGGUGAAGGAGCUCACCUAUCAGGUAUUGUCACACUGACACUUAACAAAAUCAAUUUGGCAUACCUAUUGUCUUGUCAAAAUCAUUCAUUAAUUGCAUGUUUACCUUUAAUUAAAGACUGAGGAGGACAAGAAGAAUGUUACCAGGCUUCAGGAUCUGGUUGACAAGCUGCAGCUCAAGGUGAAGGCCUACAAGAGGCAGGCUGAGGAAGCGGUAAGGAUCCACCAUUUCAAUAUAUGUUUCAACAAAACAAUUCCACAGUGCAACUGUAGUGUUAUGUUAAGUUCAUCAGCCAUUUGUACAUUUCAAAAAUCUCUACUUAUUCUUCCUUUUAAAGGAGGAGCAGGCCAAUGUUCAUCUGUCCAAGUGCAGAAAGAUCCAGCAUGAGCUGGAGGAGGCUGAGGAGCGUGCUGACAUCGCAGAGUCUCAGGUUAACAAACUGAGGGCCAAGAGCCGCGAUGCUGGCAAGGUAAACAACAAUUAUACUUAAAUUCAUCAGUUUGUAUAUUGUAACAUAUUCCUUGCUCUUUUGAACUUACUUCAAGGCAUUAGGUUUAAAUCUUAGAAAAUUAAUUGAUAAAAACUGUCACCUUAAUUAUAUCAAAAUUAAACUUACACUACCAUUUAUCUGUUUCUUACAGGGAAAAGAAGCUGCUGAGUAA